AUGUCUCAUGUUUGGUUUUCCUGUUUUGUUUUUUUUUUCUCAGCUGACUUUGUGGUGCCGGGAGCAGGAGGGAUGGUCUACAAUCCCUACCCCGGCUACGCCUACCAGAAUGGGGUGGCCUACUUCACCCCCGAGGGUGUGCCACAGGCCCCACCCUUCCCUCACCAGGCUCUGCUGGCCAUGCCAUACGUGCAGCCACAACAACACUACGCUCCAGCAGCUUACAACACUCCAUCUACUGGCCAACAGUGGGGAGGCCAACAACAAUGGCGCUGGGCUGGACAAAACCCUGCUGUGACCCAGGCUGCACCCACCUAUGGCAGCCCCCCUGCAUAUGGAGUGGAGUACUACCCCUCCCCUAACUACCCAGCAGAGAUGGGUGGCAUCAUGGAGGCUACUCCGGCUGAGGUGGCGCCCAUGAUGCCAGCGUUUGACCCAGCCAUGCAGGCAAACGUGACCUACUCUGUCCAGACUCCGGUGCCGGCUGUGGACUACACCAGGACCGCUGGCAUGGUCAGCUGGAGGAAGCCAGGGACGCCACGUCGGUACGGGAAACCUCUAAUGGGGCGCCGGCCGGCCAUGCAUCACAACAACGGCGUGGCUGUGAUGGACAGCAAAGACGGGGAAGAGAACAUGGCUAUGAGCGCCCUGCCAGCAGAUGAGUAGAGAUAAUCUGUCGCACACUUUGUGUUUCCUGGUGUAGUGUUGGUACCAUUGAUGUUCAGAAUCAUUCCUCUUAGUUUGUGUCAAACCAGAGUUUUGACAUACAUUUUACCUUUCCCUGUUACGAUCAACUUAUUGAGUUGGAAAAGUUUCUACAAAUGCUGAAGGCAUUGUUCUUCAGUUAGGUGAAUAGUCAUAAUGGUGAGCCUGAAAUGUUAACCUAGAAGAAUUGUCUGUAUUUCAAGCCCAGGUUACUGACAUGUUAGUUUCUUGAUUGUCUGUCAAACAUCUCCCUGCCUUAGAUAGGAUCAUAUCCUUAUACAGCUGUCUGCCAUAGGCCAACAGUAUGUUGUCCUAAAAGAAUGAUUUAGUCCAUUACCUGAAGAGACUGUUAUCUUGGUUGGUACAGUUGGAGGAAAAUCAUGGAACAGAUCGAACACACGUUGGUUGUUCUUUAACAUGGGUGGUUUUCUAAUACUGAGGAGAGAAAUAGGGUUUUUCAGAAGAAGUUUUGGUACAUUUUCGCUUUUUUUCUUGAUUCUGAACUUAAACGGAUGCCAGCUAUACCAUCUUACACAAGUGUGACGUCAUCUAGACAUUAGAUAACUACUUAGAAAGUAGACAAUUUUUCUACCUUUUAGCGAGUACUCUCAAGUAGACAUCUUUCAUCCUAUCAAACUAGCCAUAAGUAAGGAUAAUUCACUAUUGAAAUGAUAAUAUCAAUCACUAGGACCAACGUUAACUGAUAAUCAUUAUCUUUUGCUGCUCUAAAAAGUACAUAGUCUUGAUCAAUCUGUAUAUAAUGCAAUCGUUAGAUACUUAUAAUUAGUGAUUCACAGUGAUCUGAAUAUUAUUAGAGGAAUAUAACUUAGUCUGAGCCUUUUCAUAGGACAUUUUAGCAAAACCUUUAAUCUAGAAACAAGGAAGAAAUGCCAUUUUAGGGAGCGAAAGCAGCUUCAUUUUACAAAGUCACACUUUUAACAGUCAGUGCCUUUUGUAUUGAAUGUAAGAAAGAGCCACUAAGAUAUACAAUUGUUACUAUUUUGGUACAGUGAAUCCAGGUAUGCACAUUGUGCUAGUACUCAAUGUUCGAAAUACAUUUUUUUUUUACACGUAACUUUCAGAACAACCUGCACCAAGCAAAUUUUACCUGCAUCAUUUAAAGCAUAUUCGUCCAUAAAAAAAUGUUGACUUGUGGACCUGGUUUCAUCAUAAAUCUGCUACUACAUUUAAUACAUACAAGGAUACUACUUUAACUGGUGCAGGGUUGGUGUAGGUAGAUAUAAGGAAAAGGUGCUCAGCUUCAAUAAUAUCAGCCCUUACUUGUGUUAGUGUGUAUUUUGAGCUUUGAGUACCACUGGAUUGGUGGGAAUGUUGUGUGGAAAGAGAACUGGCCAUAUGUUGUUGGAGAAGAGGAUACCUUUUUUUUAAUAACUCCAUUCUCCAAGAAAUGGGUGAAUGAAUGCUGCUUGCUUUUCUAAGAAGGAAGACAUGUAGACAAAUAGCAUUGUACCUUUGUAUAAAUCGUUCUCUAUGUAAUGGAGCUUAGGAAUCACAUUUUUUUUCUACCUCUUUUGUAAAAGAAGCCAAGAGCUUCCGUGUUGUACAGGUGAUUAUCAAGUGAUUGUCAACAAUAAAAGUAAAUUUAGUGUGGAA